CUGGGUCCUAAAGCACGAAGUUAGGAGUUUCUGUGCCCGCUAAACACAAUUUCUCGCUUUCAUUUAAACUGUAACGCGUUGCAGAAUUGAUCAACUACAAAGUAUUAAAAAUGAUCCACUCCUUAAUAUGAUAAUUGUGUUACCGUUGGUUGCAAACGAUUCGUGAAUAUUUUAUGACUUCACAGCACUAGGACCAGGCGGACGUCUUUGGAGGUCGGAGAAGCUCCCUCAUCUUUGCAAACCAUCUUGGGUAUAGAGUCCAUUGUAAACAUGGCUGCCGCUGUGCAUCGGAUUCUGUCCUUCAGUAGAAAUGCUAAGGUGCUUGUAUCACCUCUACAGCGCUACAGUGUAGAAGUGUCGACCACUGGAGAGCAAAUUACCCACACCGGACAGGUAAGGCUCAAACGUUCCGUUGUGUUUGUUGGUUUCCCCGAAAAGAUGUAGUUACUCGCUAGUUACCAAGCUAACGACACUCACUUGCACCACUACUAGCUAACGUUUGGUAAUAGUGUCAGAUGUUGGUGUUGUCAAUUAAGAUUUGACCGUUGAUCCAGCUUUAAGUUGUGGUCACCAGCUAUUUAGUUUAGCUAUUUAAUUUAGUUAGCUAGCUAGCUAGCUGCUCACCCACUACUGGGGUAGUUAGGCGUUUAUUCACAGUCAGUAGCCAUUGCCACUUCUGUCAAGAUACAAGCUAGUCAGAGCAAAGGCAGAUGACACUUUAGUUAACUAGGUGGAGUGUCAGAGUUGGCAUAGAACUGUAAGCUAUUUUAUUGAUGGUUGUGAUAACUUUACUGUGAUCAUGUAAUGUAUGUGUAAAAUGUGAUCAGCUAUAUCUGAUUGUAAUAGUUAUGUUCCAAAACAGUGUCUGCAUGUUGUUUCAGGUGUAUGAUGAAAAUGAUCCCAGGCGGGCCAGGUUCGUAGGCCGACAGAAAGAGGUAAAACUACAUUGUAUGAAAGGGCCAUAGUCGCCAUGGGACUUCAAUGUAGAAGUUGAAUCCUAUGACUACCUGUUGAAAUAAGGCCUAAAGCCUCUUUACAUAGCUCAGCAACGUGGGCAUUGAUAGAUUUACAAUGCAUAUUUAGUAGUCCGCAGAGAGGGAAUUUGGACUACAAUACAGAGUGUAAGCUACUGAUGGUUCUGUUUGUGCUGUGUGUUUCCAGGUGAACAAGAACUUUGCCAUCAAGCUGGUGGCUGAAGAGCCAGUCAGUGGCAUCGAGGCCAGAGUGGUGUCAUGUGACGGGGGUGGAGGAGCACUGGGCCACCCAAAAGUCUACAUCAACCUGGUAAUGACGUCUCUGUAGUGUACAUGUCCCUAUAAUGUACACUAGUUAGUGGUGUCAAAGUCAGAACUCAUAUAAGCUAUGACUACAUUACAAGCAUGAGUGCCGAUCCCGUAUUAAAUUUCAGUUCAAUUUGCGCUCAUGUCCAAUUUAGCUUCACGCUACACAGUGAAUUGGUGUAUUUGAUGUGGCGUUCCAAUGUGCUAAUGUCUGUCUUCUGUCUGUGUUUCUCCAGGAUAAAGAAACUAAAGUGGGAACAUGUGGCUACUGUGGACUGCAGUUCAAGCAGACCCAUCAUCAUUGAGACUCUUUCUCAGUCCCUCUCUCUCUCUCUCUCUCUC